AUGGUUCCUACCAACGCCGAACAUUUCACUUGGCAAUUGCAAUCCAAUACAUGGCAAUGCAACGUUUGCUUUGGAAACCCAAUAUUUCAGGAGAAGCAUGUCACCCGCCAUGAACAAUCUAGGGGGCAUACAACUGCAGUUACCCGAUACAUCGACGAGAUGAACAGGUCGAACUCCCAAGCAAUUCUGAAUACUCCUCAAGGGGUCAUUGAACACCCGCCUCCACCUCCGACACCAGACUUUUCGUCUGAUUUCGCCCUCGACAGCCUCAUUCUGCAAGCACGGACCGGCAUCCUUAACCCAACAGUACCUUCUCCAUCUCAUCGGGCGUCAGUGAUCCCUCGCACUCAUACCCCUGCACCACCUACACCACCUGCACCAACGGUCGACAUCGCGAUAACUGAACAUCAUUCCUCCCGUGAAACCUUACAAGACUCACGAAGGGUCGUCAUCGAAGCAGUUCAGAACGCCAUCGACAAGUUCGUGAACAACUCUGAUGAGUCAGAUGACGAGGUUUAUGGGGACAUCGAAGAGGAGCCUGUUGUUGGAAUUCAGAUAGAUCAGGAAACCACCCCUGCUCUCCCAACCACCUCUAGCCGCAGCAAUCGAAAGGGGCCUCAACGCGGACCAUGGUCACCCUGGCCCGAUCGCAUUAGUUGCACCAUUGACGUCGCGUCUCGAAUACCUCGUUCUGUCAUGUCCGAUUUGGAUAAGGAUGUAUCUUUAUGGCUGUUAUCCGAAAAUGGUGUUCCCAAUGUACCGUCUCUUUGGGAACUGAAGCAGAUCAGUGCAAACGUGGAAUCGUAUUGCGGAAUGAACAUGAAGCGACAUACUGGAUCAAUGGGGCAUACCUAUUAUGUCCUUCAACCAUCCUCUCACGUUGAAAUGGAUUUCGCUAAUCCAACAGUUCGCGCCCAGAUGGAGUUUUACCCGGAGAAGCUGGACGGUCAGCCGAUGUCUCGAGCAUCCCAAGCUCAGCGGUGGCUGGAGGAGAUGGACGGCGACUACUUGACGCCAAUGUACAGAAAGGGAGGUAGGGAUUUCUACGUCUUCGAACCGACCCUUCUUGACAAUGGUAGUGUCGUAAUGCCCACCCGCUUUUUUCGAAUGGGGUCAUCGAACACUAUGUGGUUUGAUGCAUGGCCAGUUACACCUCUGUCUGGGCAGAACGGGUGGUUGGUUGACGAAGAACACUCAUACUCUCUCCAUGUCCAAGAGCUGUCCCUCUCGGGAGACGAUCUCUGGUCUGGCGCGUUGCUCGGUGUUCAUUUACCUCCUAUCCGAAACCUGUUGAUGAAAAGUUAUGAAGACGCUCGCGAGCCCUUCAAGCCAUGGGAUAGGCCAUUUCUGAAUCCGUGGAGACUCAAAGCGGGAGGUAGACGAGUUUUUAGCUAUCCCAUGUGGUUAUACUGUGACGACACUUCGGGCAAUCGAUCGAAGAAGUGGAACGAGCAUAAUAGCUUCCUAAUGGUCUCAGCCUGUCUACCUCGUGAAGCGGCGCAUCGCGAGGUGAACGUCCACUUUUUGUGCACCUCCAACGCUGCUCCGCCCUUGGAAAUGAUGGAAGGAAUCGUCGAGGACAUCGAAUCCUCUCAGAAGGACGGGAUCUGGGUCUAUGACAGUGUGCUUCACGAAAUGGUUCUAGUCGUCGUAUGGGUAUUAGCCCUUCUUGGUGAUAACCCGAUGCAAAGUGAAUUUGCUUGCCAUGCGGGGCUCCGAUCGAAGUUCUUCUGUCGGGUGUGUUGGGUCAAGGGCAAGGAUACCGACGACAUGGAGGAGCUCAUCGUAGGUGGUGGAAGGUCUGAGACGGAGGACGGCUUGAUUGAACGAGUUUUACGGUUUAUGAAGGUUGGAAGAAAGCGCACGAGAGAGCAGUCACUAGAGACGACGCAGGAAAUGCUCGACAACGUUGUGUUACUCGAAACGCAGAAGAAGAAUAACGAUCUCCGUGUCAAAACCGGAGUCAAGGAUACCUUCCUCAACUUUUUCCUCGACAAGAUCGAGCAGCGCCGGAAGAACAUUACCGAUGUUGAAGAGCGGGAGAAUGUCACGGCCCGUGUCCUCAAUACCAUGCCCCGCAAUGUCUUCAAUCUCAACCCACACCAAGAUACACCAGUCGAGAUUCUUCAUGUCGUCCUGCUUGGAUAUGUGAAGUACUUCUGGCGGGAUGCGAUUGACCGGCUGUCAGAUCCUCAAAAGGUCACCCUUAAGCACCGACUCAGCUCGUUAGAUCUGUCUGGCCUCGAUCCGGCGGCAUCCUCGUUGCGAGGGCAAACCUUAGUUCAAUAUGCUGGGUCUCUUGUUGGACGCGACUUCCAGUUAAUUCAGCAGGUGGCCAUCUUCGCCCUUUACGAUCUGUUGGAUGAACGAAUCCUGAGCACCUGGGCUGCCCUCUCAGCCCUAAUUCCAUAUCUAUGGCAGCCGCAGAUCGAUGAUCUUGAAGCCUAUCUGAUUGACCUGCAAGAUGCUAUCGACCAUUUCCUAGAAUGCACCGCGCACUGGACUCCUCGAUGGUUUAACAAGCCGAAAUUUCAUUUAUUGCUCCAUCUUCCGGCACACAUACGACGAUUUGGUCCUGCUAUUCUUUUUGCAACCGAAGUCUUUGAAUCUUUCAAUGCGGUGAUUAGGGCCUGGUCUAUCCACUCCAAUCGCCUUGCACCAUCUCGCGACAUUGCCAUGCAUGCUGCGCACCUUGCUCGAAUACGUCAUUUUCUAUCAGGAGGCUACUUUCGGGUCAAGGGUUCGGAAGAGCCUGACACUUUCGAGUGGUUGACCGCCGGCGCAGAAGUACUGCGGCUUGGACAAGAGCCUUCGGUGGUAACACGUCGGAUUGGUUUGUUUAGAGAACCUCCCAGAGCGCCUGGCAUAACCAGGAGAUCGAAGAACACUGGCGCGGUACACUGGGACAAGACCCAGUCCGCCCAGCAUGCUCCAGUACCCGAUGUACCUCAUGAUCUCACACAGCAGUUGUUCAGAUUUGGGAAGGAGGCUUGCAUUCAGAACCUUGACAUCGUUCAAGUUGGGAGCUUCGUCAUUCUAUGCUCUGGGAAUCCGUUGGAGGCAUCGAUCGGGGAGAUCAUCGAGAUUCUGACCCCCGCCUUAGGUUCGCUUUUCUCGGAUAGUGACGGUCCUUCGUAUGUUCUUGUGAAGGAGUACGAGCCAGGUCCUCUGGUGCCGCCUUACUCCAUGCCAAAGCUAAUACUCAAAGGUUACGCCUUUGUACCAUUGCAGGAAUUGGCUUGCGCUGUCAAUGUACAGCAUAAUUGUGCACAGAACCGUUGUGACUUAUCCAAGUCCCGCAUCGUCCGCAUGGAACGAGAAGAUACGACCCAAACAGAGCCAGAAACAAGGCACCGUAAUGUGGACGACCGAGUGCUGAACAUCUCGAAGAUUCGAGACGCCCGAUUUCUUCGCAAGUUCCUGCCAAAGCCAGUUCGAAGGGAUAGAGAGCAGCUGGUACGGGACUCAGUACGCCGUGAACUCGAUCUGUGA